ACGAAGCACAGAGAUAAAACCACUGUGCAUCUAUCCCAAAUUUUAACCUCAUUUUUUUCAUCGACAACGAUGGAGCAAGCAUUGAGACAUAAAUUAGAGAAACCACACGAGUUAGAGAUACAGCAAAAGUCACCACUGGCGUCGGGGGAAGGGACAUCACAGGAGUCACGACAGGAACCAGAGAAGUUAGUCACGAGAAAAGAUUCGAAAAAGACUGUAAAGGUGAAAUUUGGAACUUGGAAUGUUGGUAGCAUGAAGUUGAAAAAUGAUGGUGAGAUUGUUGUUCCCAACGGAGGAAGGUCAUUAAAUAUGACUAAGUUCAUGGAGAAUAAGGAGCUUAAGGCUCUAAGUGUGCAAGAGACUAAAUUGGUUGGGGAAGGUGAAGUAAUACUGGAUGAAGAAUUUGGGGGGGAAUAUAAAAUGUACUACAUAGGGGAAAGUACAAGGAAAAAUGGGGUAGGAAUUAUUCUCCAUUCAGAUCUGCAGAAGAAUGUCAAGGUCGACCGUGUCAGUGACAGGCUCAUAGUAUUAACUUUUAUGAAAUAUGAUAAAGUAUGGCAUAUCAUCUCUGCAUAUGCCCCUCACCAAGGGCAUUCGGCAGCUGUUAAGAGAAAGUUUAUGGAGGAAUUAGAGGAAUAUGUAAGACUUUUUCCAGAAAGUGACAUAAUAGUUUUAUGUGGAGACAUGAAUGCCCAUGUAGGUGAGAGUUCUGAUGGGUAUGAAGGCGUACAUGGAGGAAGUGGUUUUGGAAUAAGAAACCCGGAAGGUGGAAGAUUGUUGAAAUUAGCAAAAACUUUGAAUAUGGCGGUCGUGAAUACAUACUUUGAGAAAGAAGGAAGGUAUCGGAUAACAUACAAAAAUAAUAAAAAUGAGACACAAACUGAUCAUAUUUUGCUUGGGAAGGACCACCUGGGAUUCAUUGAGGAUUGUGAGGCUAUUCCAGAUGGAUUUGAUGAAAUUCUACAACAUAAACUGUUAGUGGCAGAGUUUUUGGUUAAAAACGACAAUGAAGGGGAGGAUCAGAACCUCUUCGAUUUUUCGGAUAAAAACAACAAUGUAGGGGAGGAUCAGAACCUGGAUGAAAACAACAAUGAAUGGUAGGAUCAGAACCGUGUCGAUUUUUCGGAUAAAAACAACAAUGAAUGGGAGGAUCAGAACCUCGUCGAUUUUUCGGAUGAAAACAACAAUGUAGGGGAGGAUCAUAACUUCGUCUCUAAUUGAUAGCCAAUGUAUCUAAACAACGGACUUCAAAGUCCUGCCGAACUAGCACACAUUCAACUUCCACCAUGUGAUUUCCUUGGCUGCCUUUCUGUGCGCGCGUGUGUGUGUUCCGCCUCGUUAUUUAUGUAUUGAAUUAAGUAUUUUUCUUUAGGUUUUUCCCCUGAAUCAACUUUAGUAUCGGGUAUAUGGGUAUGAGUAUUGGUGUGGUACAGGUAUGGAUGUGGUAUGGAUAUGGGUAGAGAUAUGGUAAGGAUGUUGGUAUGGGUGAUAGAGGUCUUAUUCUUUCUUUGGAUAUUUUCCCACUUCUAUGUGGGGGACAAUGUUUCUAACAGCUUUCCUCCACCUGCAUCACUCUCCUCCCUACAUAUGUCUGUCUCAUUACUUCUCCUCACAUGGCCACACCACUGCAAUCUUCUUUCCUGGUCCUUCUUUGAUAGUUCUACGACUUUAGUAGUUCCUCUUAUUCUUUCAUUUUUAAUCCUGUCCAUUUUUGUUACUGCACACAUCCACCCAUACCAAUAUCCAUAGUCAUACAAUACCCAUAUCUGUACCAUACCCAUACCUGUACCAAUAUCCAUACCCGUAUCCUGAGCCUUUUCAUCUCUACCACAGCGAUGCCGUUUUUUUUUGUUUUUUUCACAACAUUGGCUUUUAGCAGUGUUACCAUAAGCAAUUCUUCUGAUUAUUUUUUUACGUUAUUUAUGAUUUAAUGGUUAGAAUCAGGAAAAUUUACUGAUUAGAAUGGGUAUUUUCCGAUGUAGAAUUAUUUUCUGUGACGUGAAAAAACUGCACAUCACUAGCUUAGCAUAAAGUAUUUUUGACGAAGAAAAAUAAAGGAUUUCAAUCAAAUUCAUUUCUAUAAAUAAGCAGGAUAUAUUUUAUAACUUUAUUUUCAUUAUAAAACAUAAAAAGGCAAAGUGAAUAUAUUUCUUUUGGAACGGAGGUGCACUGACAUGGCUUGUGAAUACUACUAUCGCAACUUCAUUUUUGGCUGGUGCAGUAUAUCUGCUUUUGUGUUUCCCUUUGCCGAUUCUCAUUAGCUUGCUUCUCGGACU